AUGGCACUCAAUCGCAUAACUACCGAGACCAUUGCAGUCAAGCGUCUCCAGGGCAAAAUAGCAUUGGAAGAAGCAGUUGGUAGUCCAUACUUCCUUGCUCAUGGCACUCAUCCUCCCACACCGAUGAUAGUGGGCGCGAAGGGAGGCAUUCCACCGUACAAUACGCCAUUCCUUGCAGAUAUUGACGACCGAUUGAACAAUGUCGAAAAGCGGCUCAAGUCCAUGGAUGCAAGUGGGAUCAGUUAUGCUAUCGUUUCUCUCACAUGCCCGGGAAUUGAAGGCAUUCUAGACGCUGAUGGAGCGGUGGAGCUCGCACAAAAGACAAACGACGCGCUCCAUGAUCUCUAUGUCAAGGCCCACCCAGACCGUUUUGGUUUCUUUUGUUCGGUGCCUAUGCAGAAGCCAGAAGAAGCCGCCAAAGAACUCGAGCGCUCGGUCAAGCAACUAGGUGCAAAAGGUGUCCUCAUCAACGGAUUUACCAAUAUCGACAAAACGAACGUUAGCAAUGUGCAAUACCUGGAUGACCCUAAGUGUGAACCGUUUUGGAGCAAGUUGAGCGAGCUGGGAGUGCCGCUGUAUCUACACCCUCGAAUUCCUCCCUUGGAUCAACAGCGAAUUUACGUGUCAUAUCCCAACUUGGCUCAGGCGGCAUAUGGGUUUGGUGUCGAGACUGCUGGUCAUGCUCUCCGCAUCAUGUGCUCGGGCAUCCUCGAUCGCUACUCCAAAGUACAAAUCAUUCUAGGUCACUGUGCCGAAUCGCUACCAUUUCUCGUGCAUCGGAUCGACCACCGCAUGGCCAUCGGCAUCAGAGGAACCAAUGGACCCUACAAGGAGUCCAUGAUGUAUUACCUCCAGAACAAAUUCUACGCUACUUUGGCCGGUGUCCGACGUGAGAGCACCUUGCGCAACACUCUUGAAGAGAUGGGUGAGGCGAGAACUUUGUUCAGUGUGGAUUAUCCGUAUGAAAGCAAUGAAGAUGCCGCUGACUGGUUUGAUGGGUUGCAAUUCAAUGAAAAUACGAGAAAUGCCAUCGGCUACGAAAAUGCUCGCCGUCUCUUCAACCUCUAA